AUGCUUUCGUUGGUGUUGUUUCUGGUUGCCUGUUUCAACGUGGCACAUGCAGACGAUGAACAACGAUCUAUGAUCCACAAGGUGCAAUACGACGAAAUUGAGCCACUCCCCGUUGUAGCACGCGAUUCUCUCAUCAAUUCAAUUGCCCUUAAUUUUCACCCAAUGCUUUUCGUUUCCAGCGGUUGUCACCCUUAUCCCGCCGUCGACAAACAUGGCUACAUCAGCAAUGGCCUUGGGGUUUCUCACUUGUUCACUGAUUGUAUGGAUUCGCCAAAGGGAUCUCAAGUGUAUGGACGCGCUUUCGAGUUUAAGGGUCAUUUGGCUAUCAUGUAUACAUGGUACUUCCCGCGUGAUUUCAUGUCGGCACCUUUCUAUAUUGGACACCGUCAUGGAUGGGAACACGCCAUCUUCUGGUUCGGAGCCUAUAGGAAAAACCCGAGAUUGCUCGCAGUGACUGUCGAAUCCACGUUUGGUUACAAAACAUAUGCCCCACCUUCCUCCGAAAACAUGCAUGGCGACCAUUUCAAACUAGAAUACACUACGUUGAUUGUCACACACCACUAUUUGACUGCUUCAGAGAGAACGGGAGAGUUCCAGAACUUGGUCAUGUGGAACAGCAUGAAUGAACGAGCCCGCUAUUCGUUAAAUCAUAAGGUUUCGCACAACUUUGACCCCCCGAUUCGUGACGAAAGAUUCUUCCAUGCUCUUCGUAAUUCUUUUCCUUUUUAA